AUGCUGAAGUUUUGUUUUAUUGUUGUGUGUCAGCUCUCUAUGAUUCUUGCCGACAAUCCUGGAAUAAGAGUUCAUUUUACACAGAAUGGGUUGAAUUAUGGGAUGAACCUGGGAAUGAAAUACCUGCUCUCAGCUAUGUCCUCCCAGCCACUCCAAGAUACUAAAGGAAGCAUCACCAUUGAAUCUGAACCAUUGGACUAUGAAAUUAAAGACAUAAGACUCGAGCAGUUCCAAUAUGCACAGAGCACUGCAGUGUUUGUGCCUGGAAAAGGUAUCCAGAUGUCAAUAAAAGGUGGUAAUGCCACAGUCUAUAAUAACUGGAAUUUAAACAGCUGGCUAAUCAAAGACAGUGGAUCGAGUAUUGUGCAUGUAAAAGGAAUCUCUAUCUCAUUAGUCGUUGGGGCUCGUAGGGCUCAAACAGGAAGUUUAUCCAUUUAUCCAGUUAGCUGCCUCUCUGAUAUUAAAGAUGUUAACAUCAACAUGCUGGACGGUGUUAGUUAUUUUUAUGAUACGUUUAAAGAAGAGUUGGAGACUUUGAUCCGCUCUAGUUUUAAGGAGCAGUUAUGUUCAGCUCUGGAAACACAAGUUCAAAAGUUGGAUGUAUCUCUGAGUCAGAUGCAAUCAAAUGUUUCUUUAGCCAACGUACUUGGUGUAGAUAUCUCUCUUGUUAGCAACCCACAAUUUACAGAAAAGAUUGCACAAAUAGAUCUUAAGGGGAUGUUUUACUCACUUGUGAAUAUGACAAGAACAAGUUUUCAGCCAGCACCACUUACUAUGGGUGGCCAAACGAAAUCUAUGGUCUAUAUUGGAAUAUCACAGGCUUCCAUAAAUUCAGCCAGUUUAUCCUACUUUUUAUCUGGAGGCUUUACAUUUCAUCUUAUUAAAUAUAUGAGUUCCAUAAAAAUAACUACAUCUGAUUUGUCUGCCAUUUUACCAGAGAUUUCAAAGCAAUACAAGAAGCCAGCUCCUGUACAAGUUUUGAUAUCAGCUUCUAGUGCUCCUGCCUUCACCCUAAAACCAAACAACCUGACAGUUGAGUUUGCAGGACUUAUCACUGUUUAUGCAUCUCAACCAACUUUAAAAAGAGAGUCACUACUUUCUGCUCACAUAGUGAGCAGCAUCAGUGCAAAUGUGUCAAUCACAGAUACUAAUAGCAUGCAUGGUUUGAACCUUACUGGAUCUAUCCAUUUGAACAGGUGCUUUUUAUCUUUUUGA